AUGCGCCUUCCUUUAUUUUGCCUCAAGUUAUGGCUCAGCCUCCACAUGUCCUGCUCUGACCCCGUCUGCCCGAUGUCCAGCCCCCCACCCAGUGAGCAUGCCCCCAAGCCGGGCAUUGCACCACCACCCAAAGCCCACAGCUCUCCGGACAGUGCUGAGGUCGUCUUCCAGGCUUGGCUGGCUUCAAGAGCGGUUCCGAGGGCCAAGACCGCCUCGUAUCUCUUCCCCGGCGCGCAGAGACCGUUCAGUGCAGAGAACUUCCGGCUCGCGUACCGCAUCAUUCAGGAGUGCGCGUAUGACUUGUUCUUCACGCUGUGGAGUCUGCAUCCCAUUAGAGCGACCAUCAUGAUGGCCAUGAACAUGAUACGCAGUCUGUUACCCGCGUUUCGCGGCUACUCGCAGGCUAUGCUCAUAGACGAGUUGCAAUCCCUUGUCGUCUCCGGUCACUUUACAUGGUAUCGAAUCGGCCAAAUGUUGUUCGUGGAGGUUCUCCGACGCGUCAUUGAGGGUUUGCUUGAUUCGCUCGCCGCCACAAAUGAAUCCUUAGUGUUAAACUCUGUACGCUUCCAUAUAGAACAUCAGCAACUCUCUCAACGCGUUCGGCUCGAUCUCCCCACCCUCUCGGACCCGUUUGUUCGUGAACUUCUCCAGGAAUCCGAUCUCUUCGCUCGUUCGUUCCACGUCACAGGCAAUGGAUUUGGUCUACUUUCACCGUUGGAAGCGUUUCGCGUCCUUUCCUUAAUUGCCGAAAUCGCUUCUCACCUCUGGGUCAUCUACUCCUUGACACACUGCACAACCCAUGUAUGCGUCCUUAUUUUCUCAUCAUUUCCCGCUGCGUUUCCCCUGCUCAUGGCCUGGCUUGGGCCUGCCGUAUCCUUCGGUUCCCACGGCCACGCAACUGAAUCCGACCCAUGGUCCUUUUCAAAUCAAGAAGAGGCCCAGGCAUCCGAGCGACAGGAAAAACUGCGCAACUUGGCAUACAACGAUUCUUUCCGUCCUGAGGUUGAGCUUUUCGGUCUUGGCCCAUGGAUUUUGCAUUCCUGGUCUGCUGCCAGGAAAGUUCUUCUUGGUGCAGAACAGCGGAACCUAGCGACAGAGUAUUCAGUCCUUGCCAACCUACACGUUUCUGAGCUUUUCUCUGCACUCCAGCACAUUCCUCUCAUUAUCAUGCUCCAGACGUCUUCAGCAUCUCUCGGGUCCGUAACUCUCUACCGCAGCUCAAUCCAGUCGGUCGUUUUUGCCACGAGAAACCUUCUUUCGGUCGUGCGUAUGGCUUUUCAGGGCGUUUUUCUCAUGGGUGCUUUUUACGCGGCCAUGAACAUCAAGCCGCGACUCCAGCCCAAGAAAGAGGAUAUCAUCGCGUACAAGCAGAUUCCCGGCGGCGCCAAGAUUGAUGUUAGGGGGCUGUCUUACACUUAUCCAGGAAGUAAUGAGCCUGCUUUGCGGGACGUGAAUUUCACCCUGCAAGCCGGCGAAACAUUAGCCAUCGUGGGGCACAACGGGUCUGGCAAAUCAACGCUUGCGAACAUCCUGCUCCGCAUUGUCGAUUUUUCCGACGGUCAAUUACUCGUUAAUGACGUGGAUAUUCGUCGGUAUGCGCCUGCGGAAUACCACGACCAUGUUACGGCCGUCUUCCAAGGAUUCUCCAAGUUCAGUACGACAGUGCAGGAGAAUGUCGGGCUUGGAUAUGUGCCUCAUGUACAAUCCCCCGAGGCGGUGAAUCAUGCGCUGGAACUCGCGGAUGCGGACGGCGUCGUGAACGCACUCCCCAAGGGCCUACAGACCAAGCUCGAGUCGUCUGUGUACGACCCAGCACCGUUUGGUGGACCCAAUUCGGCGUUUUCCCCGUCUACAGGACAUCACGGACUGUCCGGUGGAGAGUGGCAAAGAGUUGCAGUUGCCCGCGCGUUCAUGCGCGCGCGCCAGCCUGGCGUUGAUCUGUUGUUGUUUGAUGAACCUACUUCUUCACUCGAUGCACAUGCCCAGAAUCACGUAUUUAAUACCAUUGCCAACGUUUCGAAAGAUCCUGUCUCCGGCGCCAGGACGAAGUCGGUUAUAUUCAUCACGCACCGACUUUCUACCGCGCGCCGCGCAGAUAAAGUGGCCAUGAUGGAGAACGGGACCAUUUCUGAAUUUGGAAGCCACGAAGAAUUGCUCCGCAAGCAAGGAUCAUACGCCGCUCUUUACGACGCAUCUGUUUGA